CUUCAUCAUUUCGCGUACCGCUUCCUUUCGACGAUCGCAGGCUGAAGCUCCUUCGAACUCGAGACGCGACCGUGUCUCUCCGCUCCUGGCAAGUGUUUCUUCUCUACUUCGAUCAGCGAAGAGUUCUGAAAUUUCUCUGCUUUUCGAUUCUUCCUCGGCUGCUGUACGCCCCCGUUCGUUUCGACGAUAAGUUGGUAGUAGAGUAGCAGCGGCACGAACAGGGGUCGAUGACGUUGCCGAUGUCCGAUUCCGGUUUCCUGGUUUGUACUAGCUGAAUACUUGAGGAUUCCGUCGAUCGCGCCGUUGCGGGAGGUACCAAUUCUACUCAAGUGAAACAAACAACCACGACAAUGAAUCCCGGACAGCUUACUCUUCUCGGUUCCACAAUCUGUGUGAUGCUCACGACGCACUUUUCUGUACAGCUUCUUUCCGAGCAUUUCUUCUAUUGGAAGAAGCCGAAGGAGCAGAAGGCCAUAAUCAUCAUCAUCCUUAUGGCCCCUGUAUAUGCUCUUGACUCGUAUGUUGGUUUGUUAGACUAUGAAGGAAGCAAAGUGUUUUUCACAUUCUUGGAUUCAAUAAAGGAGUGUUAUGAAGCUCUGGUGAUUGCAAAGUUCUUGGCUCUAUUAUAUAGCUACUUGAACAUAUCCAUUAGCAAAAACAUAGUCCCAGAUGAAAUUAAAGGGAGAGAGAUUCACCAUUCAUUCCCAAUGACACUCUUCCAGCCCAGGACAGUUCGUUUGAAUCACAGCACAUUAAAGCUUCUUAAGUACUGGACAUGGCAGUUUGUGGUGAUUCGGCCUUUGUGCUCCAUCCUAAUGAUCACUUUUCAACUCUUUGGAAUAUAUUCAAGCUGGCUCAGCUGGACAUUUACUAUUGUUCUGAACAUUUCAGUCUCGCUUGCUUUGUAUUCUCUUGUGCUUUUCUGCCAUGUCUUCUCUAAGGAGUUGGAACCGCACAAGCCUCUUGCCAAGUUCUUGUGCAUCAAAGGGAUAGUAUUUUUCUGCUUUUGGCAGGGAGUGGCACUUGAUAUUCUUGCAGCGCUGGGCAUAAUUCGGUCUCGCCAUUUCUGGCUGGAUGUGGAGCACAUUGAGGAAGCACUUCAGAAUGCGUUGGUGUGCAUAGAGAUGGUUUUCUUUUCUUUCUUUCAGCAGUAUGCAUACAGUGUGGAGCCAUACAAAGAUGAUUCGACGACAGUUGCCAGCAAAAAGAGAGAGUGACUUUGGAUACAUCUCUGGUGGGGAAAUAACAAUCGCGUAUGGUAAUUUAUUGUAGCUGCUGCUUGAGAAAUGCUGAUACCGGUUUCAUUGAGUGUAUGCCUCCAUAUAAAAUGUUUCUGAGCUUGUUUGAGUGUACCCAUGGAGGAACUUAGGCGAAAACUGAAAUUUUGGAUGCCAGGUCCUCUGGGUGUAACGGUUCCUUUUCUUCGCCAUCUUUUAGGUGUUUUGCCUAUCGAAAGCUUCAGUUCCAAUUUUUGU